GGCGCCGCGCACCUUCAAGAAGCGGGGCAGCCUGCAGGCCCCCGGCGCCGCCGAGGCGCGCGCCGGGCCGCCCUCGCGGCCCUUGCAGUCGGCCCGCUCCCUGCCGGGGCCCCCCCACUGCCUCAAGCACUUCCCCGUGGACCUGCGCACCUCCAUGGACGGCAAGUACAAGGAGAUCGCCGAGGAGCUCUUCUGCCGCUCGCUGGCGGAGAGCGAGAUGCGGACGGCUCCGUACGAGUUCCCGGAGGAGAGCCCCAUCGAGCAGCUGGAGGAGCGCCGGCAGCGCCUGGAGAGGCAGAUCAGCCAGGACGUCAAACUCGAGCCCGACAUUUUGCUCAGAGCCAAACAGGACUUCUUGAAAAUUGACAGUGCCGCCGACUUACAGCUCUUCAAGGAGCAGGGCGAGGACCUGGUGGACCACGUGCCCAAGGAGCGCGAGGCGCCGCUGGAGAGGGAGUUCCAGCGGGUCACCAUCUCCGGCGAGGAGAAGUGCGGGGUGCCCUUCACGGACCUGCUGGAUGCGGCCAAGAGCGUGGUGAAGGCGCUCUUCCUGCGGGAGAAGUACAUGGGGCUGUCGCUGCAGAGCUUCUGCAAGACCACGGCCCGCUACCUGCAGGAGCUCUCCGAAAAGCCCCUGGAGACCCGGGGCUACGAGGAGGUGCCCGAGACCCCCGUGGCCGUGGACGCCCCCGUGCACCCGCCGUUCGCGGACCAGCACCCCUACGAGGCGUGGGACCCCCAGGCCAUGCCGGGCGACCUCGGCUUCGGGCUCAAGAUGGUGGACGGCGUGGUGCACGUCUACACCAAGCAGGACGUCACCGACAAGAGCACAGAGCUGGACCUGCCGUACCCCGACCUGCAGGAGUUCAUCGCCGACAUGAACUUCCUCAUGGCUCUAAUCAUCAACGGGCCCAUCAAAUCCUUCUGCUACCGGCGCCUGCAGUACCUGAGCUCCAAGUUCCAGAUGCACGUGCUGCUCAACGAGAUGAAGGAGCUGGCGGCCCAGAAGAAGGUGCCCCACCGCGACUUCUACAACAUCCGCAAGGUGGACACCCACAUCCACGCCUCCUCCUGCAUGAACCAGAAGCAUCUCCUGCGCUUCAUCAAGCGGGCCAUGAAGAAGCACCUGGAUGAAAUCGUCCACGUGGAGAAGGGCAAGGAGCAGACACUCAAGGAGGUCUUCGAGACCAUGAACCUCACCGCUUACGACCUUAGCGUGGACACGCUGGACGUCCAUGCGGACCGCAACACCUUCCACCGUUUUGACAAGUUCAACGCCAAGUACAACCCCAUCGGCGAGUCCAUCCUGCGGGAGAUCUUCAUCAAAACGGACAACCGCAUCUCGGGGAAGUACUUUGCCCACAUCAUCAAGGAGGUGAUGUCUGACCUGGAGGAAAGCAAGUAUCAGAACGCCGAGCUGCGGCUCUCCAUCUACGGCCGGUCCCGCGAUGAGUGGGACAAACUGGCCCGCUGGGCCGUGAACCAUCGCGUUCACUCCAACAACGUCCGCUGGCUUGUGCAGGUGCCUCGGCUCUUCGAUGUCUACCGGACGAAGAGGCAGCUGGCCAACUUCCAGGAGAUGUUGGAGAACAUCUUCCUACCCCUCUAUGAGGCCACUGUCCACCCUGCCCAGCACCCGGAGCUGCACCUCUUCCUGGAGCAUGUGGACGGCUUUGACAGCGUAGAUGAUGAGUCCAAGCCGGAGCAUCACAUCUUCAACCUGGACAGCCCCUUGCCGGGCAACUGGGUGGAGGAGGACAACCCCCCCUACUCCUACUACCUGUACUACAUGUAUGCCAACAUGACCGUGCUCAACCACCUCCGCCGGAAGCGAGGUUUCCACACCUUCGUGCUGCGGCCGCACUGCGGCGAGGCCGGCCCCAUCCAUCACCUCGUCUCGGGCUUCAUGGUCUCGGAGAACAUCUCGCACGGCUUGCUGCUCCGCAAGGCGCCCGUGCUGCAGUACCUCUACUACCUGGCGCAGAUCGGCAUCGCCAUGUCCCCGCUCAGCAACAACAGCCUCUUCCUCAGCUACCACCGCAACCCGCUGCCCGAGUACCUGUCGCGGGGGCUCAUGGUGUCCCUCUCCACCGACGACCCCCUCCAGUUCCACUUCACCAAGGAGCCCCUCAUGGAGGAGUACAGCAUCGCCACCCAAGUCUGGAAGCUGAGCUCCUGCGACAUGUGCGAGCUGGCCCGCAACAGCGUCCUCAUGAGCGGCUUCUCCCACAAGGUGAAGAGCUACUGGUUGGGUCCCCACUACCUAAAAGAGGGGCCGGAGGGGAACGACAUCCGCCGCACCAACGUGCCCGACAUCCGCGUGAGCUACCGCUUCGAGACGCUGCGCCAGGAGCUGACGCUCAUCACGCAGGCCGUGCAGAGCGCGGAGCUGGAGCCCAUCCGGGAGGAGGAGGCCCAGUGAGGCCCGCGCCGCGGGCGAGGGGCUCCGGGCCGCCCCGGCGCUGCCGCCCCGGCGCCGCCACCCCCGGUCCCCGCGCUGCUCCUUCGCCCCCGGCGGUGUCGUGCUGGUGCCUUCGCCGCGGGGUGCGCCUUGCUCCGUUCUCUCAUUAUUUUUUGGGGGGGGUUCGUAGGUUUUUUGUCAUUGUGAGUGUGUGUGCGUGUGUUGUUUUUUUUUUUUUUGUUUUUUUUUUUUUUAACCCGGUUUUCUUGCAGCUGUGGUCCCGUGGGGACGCCGUGGGGUGUCCCCCCCCCCCCUUGAGAAGGGGGAGCGUGGGGACGGCGGUGACGCGGGGCCGCGCUGAGCGAGCCGGUGCAGCACGCAGCACCCGAAAGCCGGGUCUCCCCCCACCCCCCCCCACCCCACGGCGCCGCUGGCACCCUCCCACGGGGCUGCCGCGUCCCGGGGCGAAGGGGGGCAGGUGGCCCUGGGGGCGCGGGGGGGCCACCCGCGCGGGACAGUGGCCUUUGGGUGCCCAGCGGAGGAGGCAUGGGAAUCCCCCCCCCUUCCUCCUCCUCCUCCUCCUCCUCCUCCUCCUCGCCGGCCACAGGGAGGAAGAUGAGGGUCAGGGUCUGCGUGUGUGUGUAUGUGUGUCCCCCCCCCCUCCCCGUCCUGCCGUCCCCCGGGAAGGGCCCCCGACCCGCGUCCCGCCGCGGGCGGCCCUCGGCUGCCGCCCCGUGCUGCGCACCCAGCGCCCGGCUCGGGGGAAACCGGGCCGGCGCCCGUGAAAGAAGAGAAAAGGGGGGGGGGAAUAGA